AUGCUCCAUGAUCUCAAGCUCCCAAAGUCAUUCUGGGUAGAUGCCAUGCAAAUGGCUGCAUAUAUUACAGCACACAGCCCAGAAUCAGGACUCCAUGGAAAAAGCCCAUAUGAAAUACUGUUUAAAAGGAGAGUUGAUCCAACUUUAUUUUGCACUUUUGGAUGCCAAGCAUAUGCCUUGAUUCCAAAAGACAAACAGCAAGGAAAUCAGCAUGUCAUAUUUAAUGAAUUUGGAAAGGUACAAAAGGAUGAUUCUACUCCCUGGAACACAGACCCUAGCACAGAUUACUGGGAGGGACUCAUUCCAGAGAAUGCUCACUAUCCAGACCAAAAUACAUUGGAGGAGGAUGAUCCUAACCCUUGGAUCCAAGGUCCAAAUGAAUUGCAAAUGGAACCGCAUCUUCAAGUAGAUAUUCUACAAGCAAUGGAACCAUAUCAACAUGAAGAUGUUCUGAGAGUAGUGGGAGCACCCAAGCAGCUAAGACACCCUCCACAACAGUCUCUACAACUAAGACCCGAACACUAG